CGCAAUGUGACUAUUGGUAGGUGUAAAACAGUGUUUCCUAGAAGGUCGUGGCCACCGGCUGAACACACAGUGGGCAGCAGGUAGCAGAAACAUGGCGGAGACUGAGCUGAACGUUGACAGCAUCAUCUCUCGAUUGCUGGAAGUGCGAGGAUGUCGUCCUGGGAAGAUAGUGCAGAUGACGGAGGCAGAGGUGCGUGGGCUCUGCAUCAAGUCGAGGGAGAUCUUCCUAAGCCAGCCUAUACUGUUAGAGCUGGAGGCGCCACUCAAAAUCUGUGGCGACAUCCAUGGCCAGUACACAGACCUGCUGCGGCUGUUUGAGUAUGGGGGCUUCCCGCCCGAGGCUAACUACCUGUUCCUGGGGGACUAUGUGGACCGGGGGAAGCAGUCCCUGGAGACCAUCUGCCUGCUGCUGGCCUACAAGGUCAAGUACCCCGAGAACUUCUUCCUGCUGCGCGGCAACCACGAAUGUGCCUCAAUCAACCGCAUCUACGGCUUCUACGAUGAGUGCAAACGCCGGUUCAACAUUAAGCUCUGGAAGACCUUUACAGACUGUUUCAACUGCUUGCCCAUUGCAGCCAUUAUAGAUGAAAAGAUCUUCUGUUGUCAUGGAGGGCUGUCGCCUGAUCUGCAGUCCAUGGAGCAAAUUAGACGCAUCAUGAGACCCACGGAUGUCCCUGAUACAGGCCUGCUGUGUGACCUGCUGUGGUCGGACCCGGAUAAGGAUGUGCAGGGCUGGGGGGAGAACGACCGCGGCGUCUCCUUCACCUUCGGCGCCGACGUGGUCAGCAAGUUCCUCAACCGCCACGACCUGGACCUCAUCUGUCGAGCCCACCAGGUCGUAGAAGAUGGCUACGAGUUCUUUGCCAAGCGGCAGCUGGUGACGCUGUUCUCUGCUCCCAACUACUGCGGGGAGUUUGACAACGCCGGGGGCAUGAUGAGCGUGGACGAGUCUCUAAUGUGCUCGUUCCAGAUCCUGAAGCCCUCGGAGAAGAAAGCCAAGUACCAGUAUGGCGGGGUGACCUCGGGGCGUCCCGUCACCCCCCCUCGAACCGCUCAAGCCCCCAAGAAAAGGUGAGCAGCUGGCCCCAACCCGUCCCCCAUGCCGCGUCCAGGCCCCCCAUCCCCGACCCUGUUCCAGACACCUCCGCCUCUGCUCUCAGCCAGCAUUGUUCAGGUGUAAACUGAUCAUACCGUGUGGAAAUGAUUUGCUUGUUUGUUGGGUGUUUUCCGUUAAUUUACUCGUGUAAAGUAUUUUUUAUGCAAUAAAACGUGUUGCUUAGCCCUUAAACCAUUAGUCCUUUGAGCAAUAUGAGAUUCACCCCGUGUGGAACGGCCAAACAUGUGGAACAGAUGGCCCCGGGCCUCAUGUGUUCAUGGCAUUGUGACUUUGAGGACGGUUGUGUGGUUGCUGAGUGUGCGCUUGUGAUUGAGAAGGUGUGGCGGUUGUGCGCCAAUGAAUUCAAACUUGCGUUCCUCCAGACCAAUGGGUCUCUCCCGAAUGUGAACUCUUAUUCUGAUCCAUGUACUUUAAUGGGGUUGCCAACAUUGUCCAUACAUAUGGUGUACAGUAAAUUACACCUGUUGAUUGAUAAUAAAUGUAACCAUAAAUGACGUUGGUUAGGCCAUCUGCUUAAUGUAAUAGAUGAGCAUUAAUCAACUGGUUUUAAGAAUUAACUCCAAUUUCUUUGUUCCUCAAGUUGGAAUACAUUCCUGAUUACAAAAAUAG